UGAUAUUAAUCUAACAUCAUGGUUGCGGAAAUUGCGAGCCGGAUAGCUGGAAAUUCCACACCUCGUUGCAACCUCAUUGCACAUUUGAUAUCAGAGGGUUCAUGCUGGGAGAUCUGAGGAAUCAGAAUCGAUCAGCUUGGUUCGAGGGACUUUCAUCGAUAAGAUAUAAACUUUCGACUCCAACCCUCCCGGCCAAGCUUCAACAUUUACUGUGUCAAGUGAUCACUGGCUCACGGCGGUCCAUGGAGGGACAAGUUGAAGUGUGCGGUUCGGAAGUUGAGGAUCGCGGAAUAUACAUGUCAUUACCACAUGACGCUCAGUCAUGUUACAAUCUCAUCUGGCGCAUGAAUAAAAACUUGGAACGAGAGGUCGAGAAAGUCGGUUCAAGUGGACGCCGGGGUUACGACAAGGACCUGCAGGGAUGGAAGGCGGAAGCACACGAUCUCGGCAACUGCAAACCUCGAAGGAGGAAACUAGCCUUUAUCGGUAGGACAGGAGCUGGAAAAAGCACGGCUAUCAAUGCCAUAUUGGGAGCCCCAGUAUUAUCAACGCGAGCAGACGGCGCGUGUACAUCUGUCCAGACUGAAAUAAUCUACGAAGAUUUGCCCCCUUCAACUUGGAGAGCAAGCGUCAAGUUUAUAGAAAAAGACGAGUGGAAAAAAACUCUGCAUAAUCUUCUAGAUGAUAUCAGCGCUGUUUGUGAAGGUGGUGGUUUGAAUAUUGGACGUGAUGAUCUCAGACCUGCGUUGGAUGCGUGGAAGGCUUUAAAAGAGGUUUAUCCUCAUCUUCGUACACUAUCAUUCCCCCCGCCUCAUCAGGACGUACAUACACUCCUGGACCAUGAAACUGUGGUGUCCAUAGUUGGUACCGACAUUCAGACGACGGGCACUGGCUUUGAUCGUCUGGAGCUGCAGCUCCGGCCGUAUCUGACUUCGUUGGAGGAACAGCUGUCGGAGCCGUCCCUAUGGCAUCUGGUAGACAGUGUUCGUAUUUACGGAGCGUUCGAAGUGCUCGCAUCUGGUGCAGUCACACUUGUGGACGUUCCUGGUUUCGGGGAUGCCAACAAAACAAGAACUAAGCGUACUAAGGAGUACUUGAAAAAUGUUGAAGUAGUAAUACUAGUGGCAGACAUCAAGCGUGCAGCUGAUGACCAGGCCAUGCACAUCUACUUUGAGAAAUUCUUGCAUCAAAUGAUCGCAAUAGAUGGCCGCGUAGAAUCGCUGUUGAUCUUGCUUACCGGAGCGGACAUACGAAUCAAUGAGGAUCAGUUGCAUCAUCUUGGUUCAAACCAACGCCAGAUAAUUCAGAACAUGUGCCAGGAGAUUGACCGUCUCAGCGAAAGCCUGGAUGAGCAAGAAAAACAAUUAAACAUGUUCUUUCUCGAGUUCUACAUGGCUCCGAAAGAUGGUCCUGAGUUUGUGGGACUGUCGGAGCGUCUAUACUCGACCAGAGAAAUGAAAGACCAGACAACCAGACAGCUUCAACUGGCAAAAGCUACCAAAGACACAUACAUUGCACACCAACGAUCUGCUCGGGCACGAAAUGUCUUUCUGGAGCUCUAUCGUCAAGUGUACUGUAGUAUUAAGCAGGACUCUACCUGUCAACCUCCUUCGCUACCUAUUUUCUGCAUUGGAAGCAUGGACUACACCCAACUUUUGGUGACGAAUAAACGACACCGAGCUCCGGUGGUUUUUACUGAUCUCGAAGAUACUGGUAUUCCGCAGUUGUGUCGUUACAUUCACGAUUUUGGUUGCAAGAAAGCGAUCUCAGAUAUCAAUGCUCACGCGCACAGGUCCACUUUGCUGUGGGAAUCAAUUGAGAGCUACUUUCUUUCUUCACGGCGAGAUUCGAGGCUCGCAGCCUAUGAGGAUGCAGCAAGAGGUCUGAUGGAAACUCUCAAAGAUCAAAAGACUGUCGACGAGAUAUGCAAAACUUCAGGAGCCAAGAUGGACAACAGCAUAAAUGAACUGGAACAAUCUCUCCGAAACGAAGCCGAAAAGGUAGCUGAGCGCAGUCUCGACACCAUUAAGGUGCUCGGAGAGCAUCAUCAAUGGCGCAGCUACCGUACUCUCAUGCGCCGAGAGGGUGAAUGGCGAUCGACAGAUCUCAACGAGGACCUUACCCUUGGCAUAUUAGAGGGUAAUGCAUCAAGUGUGUGGCACAGGUUAUUUAACGAUUUUCUGAAAACAGAAAUCUAUUCACUUGUUGUGGAUAUCUCGGAUCGUUCCAAUGAGACAAUCAGAGCUAUCAAGAAUCGAGCCCAACGAACAACAGUAAUCGCACCACACAUCGACAAUGCAUGUAACUUUAUACACCCAUUUGAUAUCGUCAAUCAUGCACGAGACCAGUACAUGUCAGCCAUUUUGACAAUGCAACGGGACUUUUGUGGGUCCUUGAAGGGACUUAUGCGCGCCGCACUGGAGGACCAUUAUCGUUUUGUUGGAAGGGAAUCUGGUGUGGGAAUGUUUCAACGGAUGAAGGCCCAGGAUCUAAAUGAGGAACAAUUCAGUCCAAAGAAGGCUCAAGAGUUAUAUACUAGGCUCAUUGACCAAGUCAUGACAGCUGUCCGAAUGGCAAGGAAUAAGGGGGAAACAGCACUCGACGAAGCACUCGCCCGUUACGCCGCCUUCAAUCUGAACAGGCAUCAAUUGAUUUUGAUGCCAGGUGUGCAGGGAGAUGAUCAAAUAUGCAAGACCACACGGAGGAAUAUGCAGAAAUUUCUCGACGAAGAGUACAGCGCACCGCUGGCAGAGGUGACGAUCAUUACGGAUAGGUACGGGCGAAUAGUUACCAGUACAGAUAUAUCAAAGUAUGGGCAGCAACAUGAAAAAAGCGAAAUGCAGAACAAGAAAGCAGCCAGAACUCUGAUGGAUGACGUGUACAACACGCGCAGAGGACUCUGGGAGCGUGAGCGCGGGUGA